GUACAUAUGUAUAGUUGAGCUAGUACUGCAGCAUGAGGCAUGCACUUGAAGCGGGAAAUUCAAUGGCUUGAUCCAUGGAACUCGGUCCAACAGGGGCCGCGUUGUGCAAACAGCCGGUAGUGUGGCUACGUCAACGCAUUAAUUGAGGCCGUCGCCGCUUCCUUUCGAAACAUUCUCGGCUUCCAUCAACCUUUCCCCUCACUGAGCUCAUUGAGUCACCACAACACUUCACCACCAGACUUCGACAUGUCGCAAAGAGCAGCGCUGCUAAUCGGCAACCUCGUCCACACCAGGAAAGAAUGGGAGCAAGACUGCGGCAAGUUCGCAUCGAAACUGCUCGAGUACCCUGAGGCGGGGGGCACGCGAGAGGACUUCCUGUCCAAGUGCAAGAACGGCGACUUUGACCAAGUCUACGCGCUGUACCGGAGCAACGACUCGAACAAAGUCACAGGCAGCUUCAAUGCUGAGCUCGUUGACGCAUUGCCCAAGAGUUUGAAGUUCAUAUGCCACAAUGGCGCGGGUUACGAUAACAUCGACAUUGAAGCUUGCACCAAGAGGGGCAUUGCCGUGUCUAGCACCCCAAUUGCCGUCAACGACGCAACGGCAGAUAUCGCCAUAUGGCUUAUGCUGGGAGCUCUCCGCAACAUCAAGCAGAGCUACCAGGCCGUGAAUAAUGGCAAAUGGCGGGGCAACUUCUCUCUUGGCCACGACCCCAAGCACAAGACGCUUGGAAUACUGGGUAUGGGAGGAAUCGGUUCAGCGGUUGCGCACCGGGCGAAGGCGUUCGGAAUGAAAAUUCAGUACCACAAUCGACGACAGCUGCCUGCGAAUGAGGAGGGUGGCGCAAAAUACGUUACGUUUGAGGAGCUGUUGAAAACGUCCGACGUGCUAAGCCUCAACCUCGCGCUCAACCCGUCGACCAGACACAUCAUAGGGAAGGAGCAAUUCGAUAUGAUGAAAGAUGGCAUAGUAAUUGUGAACACAGCCCGCGGGCCUCUGAUGGACGAGGGUGCUCUGGUGGAUGCAUUGAAGAGCGGCAAGGUCUGGACAGCUGGCUUGGACGUCUUUGAGGAGGAACCCAAAAUCCACCCGGGCCUUCUAGAGGCAGAAAACGUAGUGCUCCUGCCUCAUGUUGGCACUGGCACUUUCGAGACACAGCGCGACAUGGAAUUGCUCGUUCUGGAAAAUCUGAAAUUGGCGAUGACAGAGGAUAAGCUGGUAACGCAAGUGCCAGAACAGAAGGCAGCCAAGGCAAACAUUUGAUAGCAUGAUCUCUGCAGAGCACGUUCGCGUAUAAAGCGGGUAUCAAAUAGGCGUUCCCGGCAUUUAAGUUACCUUGUAGAU